GCGAGGCGUGACGGGUGGAGGGGAGGGGGCGGGACGGAGGAAGAAGAAGAAGAAGAAGGAGAAGAAGACGAAGAAGAAGAGUGGCGUGAGCGCCAGAGAAGAGGCUGGUAGAGAGCGAAAAAAGUCCGUCAGGGAGCGAAGUCUUGUUGUGGGGAAGUAACGUCAAAGCUCGGCGGCAACAUGUCGAACACUGACGAAGAUGCGGCCGAAGCGGAGUAAGAAGCAGCACUCGCCGCUGGAGAGUUCGGCAAAGAAGUUACUGGAAGACUGAAAGGGCUUUUCUGCGUGAGUCCGGACGGUACUUCGGACGGUCGACCGCCUCCCCCCCCAACUCAACCUUGAGGGGACGAGAAAUCGAAGAAGCAGUCAACCUCCACCACUCGCCGUAACGCCGGACUCUAAGCGCUUAGCUCAACCGCGAGCGAGCCCCUUCGGUCGGCUUCGCUUCACAAGUUGUCCCGGUGUGGAGACGGAGGAAAAGACCCCAGUUGGCGGAGUUUCUCCAACUUUUACACAUAAACAAUGAAGACACCUGGAGAUAGCGGGUUCGCCUUCCCAGACUGGGCCUACAAGCCGGAAUCGAGCCCGGGAUCCAGGCAAAUCCAGCUGUGGCACUUUAUCCUGGAGCUGCUGAGGAAAGAGGAGUACCAUGAUGUCAUUGCCUGGCAGGGGGACUAUGGCGAGUUCGUCAUCAAGGACCCGGACGAGGUGGCCCGACUCUGGGGAGCCAGGAAGUGCAAACCCCAAAUGAAUUACGACAAACUGAGCAGAGCACUGAGAUACUACUACAACAAGAGGAUCCUCCACAAGACCAAAGGCAAGAGGUUCACCUACAAGUUCAACUUCAAUAAGUUAGUGUUGGUCAACUACCCCUUCAUCGAUAUGGGCUCCACUGGAAAUGGAGUCCCUCAGAGUGCCCCGCCUGUCCCAACCGGUGCAGGGACCCACUUUCGUUUCCCCUCAUCCGCGCCCUCGGAAGUCCUCUCCCCGAACGAGGACCUACGCAGCCCAGGAGGCCUGUACAGCUCAGUAACCCGUCGGGUGGCACGUGGCUCUGUGAGCGACUGCAGCGACGGCACCUCCGUCAAUUCUGAGAUAGAGGAUGGUAAUACAGGAGGUGGGGAGGAGAGAGGAGAGAGGGUAGUGAGUGGAGGAGGAGGAGGCUACAGGAGUAUCAUCCAUCCCCGCUUGACUCAUGAAUCUCUGUUCCGUAUCUACGGAGGAGCCGGCAACCCUGGCGGUCACCCGGGCUCCCGUGGUCCCGCCGGUCACCGUAUCCACCCUGAGCCUUUGUCCCCCUUCCCUGUGUCCCCCCUGCCUGGGCCAGGUGGAGCAGGGCUCCUGGCGCCCCCUCUCUCCCCAGCACUCAGCAUGGCCCCCACAUCUCAUCUCUACACUCCGUCGCCGACUCUGUCCCCCAUGCUGGGCUCUCACUUCUCCUUCAACCCAGAGGACAUGAAGCGCUACCUGCAGGCCCACACCCAAUCGGUGUACAACUACGGGCUCAGCCCCCGAGCAUUCCUACAGUACCCCAACAUUGUCAUCCCUCAGCCUCAACGGCCCGCCGCCGACAAGGUGGGCCUGAGCAGCGACCGAGCAGCGGCGGUGGGAGAAAGGGGAGGCGAGCGGCACCACCACACCCCUAUGUCUCUCCCCACCCACCACCACCACCCACAUCCGCCUCACUCCGCCCAUCCUCACCCACAUUCGCACCCCAUGCACCACGCACUCCACCUGGGUGAGGAGCCCCCACACAUGUCGCCCUUCAAGUUCAAACUGCAGCCACCGCCGCUGGGGCGGAAGCAGAGAGAUGGACAGAGCAAAGCCAGACAGAGCUCGCUCUCCUCAGGAUCGGGAUCCGGGUCCAUGUCGUCCACCUCUGGACUCGGCUCCUCGCUGUCGUUUGGCAGCGACCUGAGUUCUGCAAGUGGCUCUGGCCUCAUUUCUGCGUCCUCCUCAACGCAGUCCCUCAACAGUGCGGGCCUUCCCAAGAUCAAGGUGGAACCCAUCUCCGACAUUGAGUCAGAGGAAGAGGUAGAGGUGACUGACAUCAGUGAUGAAGACCCUGACGAACGAGAUGAAGACUUUGAGCUCUUCGCACCUCGCCUCUCCGGAGCCUCAAACCACCACCACCACCACCAUCACCUUUCUAACGGCUCAGACGCCCACCCCCUUACAUCCCAUCCGGAUGAGGACCUGGAUGAAGAUGUCUUCAAAGCCCCUGCCCCUCCUCCACCAGGCCUCAUGCCCUUCUUCACCUCGCAGCACGGAUACUCCAACGCUCACCGCGGGCCACCCGCCCUAAAAACAGAGCCCAGCGAGCCGGCAGACGGGAGCCCUCCCCCGCCUCAAACGGCAGCGCACCACACCAAGUGCAUACCCCUCAAGCUGCGCUUCAAAAGACGCUGGAGCGAAGACCAGCGCAUGGAGGCGUCGCAGGAAGAGUCGGAUGACAAGAAAGUUCGGCCACAGGAGCAGAUGGAAAGUAAAAGUAACGGGCGUAUGGAAAUGAAAGACGAGGGGAACGCAGUCGGGGAGGGUGACAGCCCCUCUCCGUUGGUGUACGAGAGCUCCUUAGCCACACGUUUGGCCUCGCAUCGGAAGGUGAGCGCCGAGCUCCAUCGUGCUACGGCGCAGCUGUCUCUGGAGAACAAAGACUGCUGAUUGGACGGCGGGACACACAAGGAUCUCCAAGAUCUUAAAAAAAACACUUGCUCUGUCAUUCUUCUUACAUACAAGAUUCCCUGAAUUCUACACCUUUGUACACCUCAAAAACCGCCUUACGAUGACCAGAUCCCCCUAACAACAAGUUCUCGGAUCGGGACGCCCAUUUGGGAGGAAGGAUACGGAGAUUCAGCCAUCCCAGGCACUGUAAAGCCGUCUUUUCCACUUAGCAGUAACGGUUCACUUCAGCUCGCCAUAAUAUGUUGUGGAGCGACCCACAUCUGGAUUUUUUUGUGUAUGUGUAGGUAGCUAGCUAGCUAGCUAACACCAAGUUCUGAUUCUUAUGUGUCUAGGUUCCACUCUUUAGGGACUACACAGAAAACCCUUUACCACUCUUAACAACGGAAAAGCCAGAAUCCCGACGUUCCAAACCGAACUGAAGUGAGCAGCGUCAACUCGGUGGAGAACGGCAUGAACUAGGCUGCAAUCCGAGACAGAGACUCCCUUCAAGGAUCUUUACCUCCCACCUAAGGCCAGUGAAGCUCUAAAGUGCAGCUCCCGUCUUUGGAAAAAAACCAAGCCCCCUUAUCUGUCAUUUUUCCUCAGGGGACCCGUUUUUCCCUUUAACCUGUACCCACCCACCGCCUCCCUUAAACCUGCGAUGAUGCUACCACAUGUGAAUAGAGGACUUUGACAAGUGCCUGUAUUUACAACUCCUCAGCUCCAGAUGCGGGACUUGUAUAUCAAUAGGGAAUGAAAAGGAAUGUGGGUCUUCAAGACUGGAGGGGUGGGGCUUGUUGGGUGCCGACAUCUCUUAAAAAACCCCCCGGCCCCGCUCCACUCAGGGAAGCCUGUCGCUGUAUGUUUAUCGGACUCGUGUACAAAAAAAAACAACAAAAGACCCAGCUGUGAAAUGGACUCGGUGGUUUUCAGAGCUCCCUUCCCUGCUUUGUCCUUCCCGUAUCUUUUUUUUUUUGCGGACCACUGAGAAAAUCCAAAAAUCCAAGCCCAAGCAGCACAGAAGCCGUCUUCACCAGCCUAAGCUUGUCUAACAAUCAUAGCAACACGCUAUCGUGUUCAAGUCGACCAGCAAAUCACACACAAACAUGCAACGACACUGCCUGUGGCUCUUUGACACGCCCUCCCCCUUUCGCUCUUUCUCUCGUAGAAGCUUGAGAAACAUAAAGAAAACCAAGCAGCAUCAAACCUGCUAAGCUAAGUUGACACAUUGAAGACCCCUGGUCUAACAACAUCUCAAGAAUGUUGCAUUUUGUUUGAAAGGUAAUAGUUGCUUAUAGUUGUCCCUCACUCUAUCGUGGUUUUUCCAUCAAAUUAUUAUAUUAUUAUUAUUUCAUUUUGGUCCCCAGGCAUCAGUAAUUGACAACACAUGACAUUGUAUUACAUUACCAUCACAUUGCAUGGAGUCAUGUCUGACAUGACAGAUUGAAAAACAGGUGCUCCUCCCAUUCCGUGUGGAAGUGGUAAGUUUUUAGCUUCAUACUAUGUUCUUCUUCCCCAUUCUUUUUAAAUCUCUUUAAGUUUAGAAUACAUAAAUUGGAGGCUAGCUAGUUAGCUUGAUACACUGCUAUGCACAAAGAAUAAUAGGAGUGUAAAGGUGACUAUAGGGGUGCUAUUCAAUAUAUGCAGGGCUCUAACAAUUUUAAAGAAAAGCAUUUAUUUACAAAGUCAUAAAAGGAUUUUCUAUGCUCUGACUGUGAAAAUAUAUAAUUUAUUAAUAUUGAAUCCUACUUUGUGGAAAUUCACUAAUUGCUGUCAUGUCUGGAACCAAUUAACCACGAUAAACGAGGGACGACUGUAUUUCUUGUUAUUUGGCUUCACACAAGCAUUUCUGGUGUAGUAAUGCCGCAUGCUUGUGUUCGAUUUUAGUGUGAAACGAAGCCAAAACCGUUUUUGCAAUUGACUCACUGUGGCGACUACUGACAGGGGAAAAUCUGAUUGGUUGCCCAAAUUUGCCCUCCCCACACUUAAGUCUUUUGUGGCUCUUGUCAUCUUUGCAGACCACAUGAGUGACACAUGCGUGUGUGACAGGAAGAGAUUUGGAUUUUUAGCGAUCUUGUCUUUGAUCUUAGCAGUUCCUAUCAGGUCCUAUCAGUCCUCCACGGCCCGAGUCAUCGUUCUUGGCCGUACAAAUAUGUGUGUAGUAGAGCUUGGUGUGUCUUUCCGGGACCAGGACCAGUUCACAUAGUGAUCCAAAGUUCACAGCAGGUCAGGACAGAAGGUUAAAGGGGAGAGCGAAAGAGAGAGAGAGAGCAAGGUGUUAAGGAGUUAAUCAUUAGUCUAUCCUCCAAUACACUCUGCUCAUUCUAUGCACACAUACAGUACAUAGAGUACAUACAGCAUACAGUCAGGUCAAAAUGGGGUAAAUACAUUUAUAGCGCCUCCUAUGGGUUGUGGUUAAAAUACUUUAGAAUGCAAUGAUGUGACCGCUUAUCCUUGCAGUGGGUGCUGGAGCCUAUCCCAGCUGUCUUCGGGUGAGAGGUGGGGUACACCCUGGACUGGUCGCCAGCCAAUCACAGGGCACAUAUAGACAAACAACCAUUCACACUCACAUUCAUACCUAUGGACAAUUUGGAAUCGCCAAUUAACCUAGCAUGUUUUUGAAAUGUGGGAGGAAACCGGAGUACCCGGAGAAAACCCACGCAUGCACGGGGGAGAAUGUGCAAACUCCACACCGAGGGUUGAAUUGAACUCGGGUGUCCAAGCUGUGUGACUUGCGUGCUAACCAUUGGGUUAGCUAACUGCAUUCAUUCACCUAUGGACAAUUUGGAGUUACCAAUUAACCUAGCAUGUUUUUGGAAUGUGGGAGGAAACCGGAGUACCCGGAGAAAACCCACGCAUGCACGGGGGAGAACAUGCAAACUCCACACAGAGAUGGCCGAGGGUGGAAUUGAACUUGGGUCUCCUAGCUGUGAGGCCUGAGCGCUAACCACUAGGUCACCGUGCAACCAAUCCUUUAGAAAUUCAGUACACACCUUUUAGAGAACCGACACGCUGACUUGUGUGUAAAAUGUGUGGACAUCAAUCAAAACAUUGCGAUCGGGCUUGGCAGCUGAUUGUCCACUGAACCUUUGUUAUACCUAAGAUGAAUUCCAUGUAUGCCACCAUUAGCAUGUAUUCUAAAGCAUUUUGACCACAACCCAUAGGGGCACCACAAAUAUCACUGACACUGUGGGGGGGGGGGAUCACACCAUAUUUGACAGUGUCCCAGUCCAGACAGCUCUAUAGAUGGACGGCCUCCGGGUAGUCUGUGUAGCUCAGCUGAUCGAUUUACUCAUCAGAUCACACACACACACACACACACACACACUCCGUCUGUAUGUAACUAACUGCUGCCUUAUUACUGACUUUUUUCCUACCCUAGUCCAAAAAAAAACAGCACAAACAAGAGAAUAAAGUUUUCUUGGUUUAUUUUUCUGAUGUUAAUAUUGCUCUCAAAGCCCCCCCCACCCCCCCCACCCCUCACCCCCAUACCCUAUUUGGCAUUAUUAUUACUACUACUAUUAUUACUUUUUAUGUUGUGUACAUCACCUCUCCCUCUUCACUUUUUACUGUUGUAAUAUAACAAAAAAUGUGUAAUUAUUCAUUUGGAAAGCAGAGAAGUUUCAUCUUUUUUUUUUUUCAUUUUAAUUUUAUUAUCCUUUUUUUCCUUUUGUGGCUCUUGUAUAUUUUCCUCCUCGGGGCAAAUAAGAUCAUUUUGAAAGAAAAGACUGCGUAUUGUUUGUAAAAAAAAAUGUCCUAUCUUCUUUCACCUCGUCUCCCCCGAGCUGUUACGUAACACUCCGAUGGAGAGAUGAGAGUUAAUACUGUGACGUAACAUCGCAUUUCUACCCCCUACGCCCCCCCCACACCCCCACCCCUCCCAUGAGUUGUUUAUUUUUUUUCCCUCCCUUUGCCCAAACUUGUAAUUAAGUUGUAAUCAGGGUUAAUUAAAACCAGUUAAAAUCCAAAACAUUGGUUAUUACUGUUUGUUUACGUCUGCUUGUCUUGGCUUGCGUUGUCGUUCUUAUUGCUGUUGGUGUUACUGUUAUUCCUCCGCAGUCAGACAAUGUUUAUAAACAAACAGAUUAACCCCUCACCUCUUUAUUUACAUAUACGCUACUGCUUUGUUUCAUAACAAUGCUCUUAAGGGGUAUAAUGAUAAUACCAAUAAAUACCUGCUUUUCAGUACGAAGCAGGCUUCGCUACACAUCUUAAAUUACAGCUAUGCCGACUGUCAGUCAUCUCGAGACGUUGGAUCUGUAAGUUUGAUCAUUUUGUUUUUAUUCAGCAAAUUUGCUCUAGCAGGAUGUCAUUGUUAAAAUAUGUAAUGUUAGCACUGUAGCGGACAUAGACAAGAGAGUAUUAGCGCCACAUUGGGAAAAAAAAUUAAAGUCAUAAAUUUACGAGAAAAAUUUGCAAUAUUACGAUAAUUAAAUUAUAAAUUGAUGUUUUAGGCUUUAGGCAAGCGUGGCAUCAAAACGUCAAAAACGGAGCAGCUUUCCUUACCCCGACCCCUCCACUUGUCCAAGGUGAAAGGUCACAUAAGUCCUCCCUUUUCACAGCUGUCUCAGACAAUGCCCCGAACAUAAAGUUGUUUUUUUUUCUCGUAAAUGUAUUAUGAUGAAGUCCGAUUAUUUUCUUUCGUAAGAGCCAUUGCCUGAGACAGCUGGGGGGAAUUUAUGUGACCUUUGGCCUCAGGUA